AUGAGUAUAAACGUGUACAUUGGUUGGUUGUUUAAAUAUUUGUUCAUGUUCAAAUUGUGAAUUGUUCUUCCAUAUUACACCUUUCUUGUACUUUAUUCAUGAACAAACUCUCCUUUUAGGGGUUUUAAAAAAAUUUGAAGAAGAAGACUUAGAUGAAUGUUUAAGAAAAAGAUUGAAGGAUUCCAGCGAAGUUCCUGGUUCUUUGUGGCAUAUUUAUGAGCAGAAAGAUGCCGACAAAAUAAGGGAAUUUCUGCAUAAGGUAAAUUUGAUAAAAGUUGAAGUUGUAUUUGUUCAAAUCCUAUAUUACAGAUUCUUAAAUAUGAUCUUGUUUGAGCAGGAUCAUAACAUUAUAUUCAUUCUGAGCCAUUGAACAUUGACGGUGCUUUCUAAAUAAAAAUGGGUAGGUCUGCUGAAAGAUUGUUUUUGGUAAAAUGGAAGUGGGGGUUUAAACCUGGAGGGGUUACCCUUCACCACAAACUGAACACUAAAUAUAGCAUCCUGGUGUGGAAUUAACUAGUGCCAAAUAGUACAGUAAAUGGAAUGGAACAUUCCACUUUGAUAUAGAAACUUUAAACACUGGUUUGUUAUGAAGGAUUUAUUCGGUCAUAAUCAAUUAAGAGGUUAAACACAACGCUGUGCAGUCAGUGGUGACUGCAGGGUUGUAUUUUCAGUUUUAUUCCUGUUAGCAGGAAUAAAUGUUAAAAAAUUAAAUAAAAUAUAUAGCAAACUAAUAUUUGAAUUUUGCUGUGAAUUCCAGGCAAUUCCGUUUAGUGAAUAACCCUUAAAGGGACACUAUAGUCACCAGAACAACUGCAGCCUAUUGUAUUUGUUCUGGUGAAUAAGUCCCUUUAGGCUUUUUGGAGAAAACCUUGUCUUUUCAGAGAAAAUGCAGUGUUUACAUUACAGCCUAGUGAUAACUCCACUGGCCACUACUCAGGUGGCUGCUACAGGUGCUGCAUACUGUGCAGUAUUGCCAUUCAGUGACUUCACCCUCAGCAUGCAGACUCUGAACUUUCCUCAUAGAGAUUCAGUGUAUCUCUAUGAGGAGAUGCUGAUUGGCCAGGGCUGUGUUUGGCUUGUACUGGCUCUGCCCCUGAUCUGCUUCCUUGACACUCUCAGCCAAUCCUAUGGGAGAGCUUUGUGAUUGGCUCAGAGAAUCACUUCUGAUGAGGUCAGGCAAGCAGGCAGAUUCCACAAACUGAGCCCUUUUAUUUAAAGCUACGGCAUGGACACAAAGUUUGAACAACAAAAUGCUAGCAUGUGUACCGCGUUCUUAACAUCUUGAAUACAGAAUAAAAUAGUGGGUCGAAGGAUGUGAUUUUUAUUUGAUUUGCCCUGUGUAAAGAUUUUGAAAGCUGUCUUUUGUUGAUAUUCAUAAAUAAAAUAGUUGUCAUUAUUACACUACAUCUAAUACAAUCCUCUACAACCUCAUUUUAUUUUAGGCUGCAAAAGAGCAAUGUUUAGAAAUUCUCCCUGAUCAUGACCCAAUCCGUGACCAGAACUGGUACCUGAAUAAAAAGCUCAGGCAAAGUCUGUUGGAGGAUUAUGAUGUGAAAAGCUAUACUUUAGUCCAGUUCCUUGGAGAUGCCAUCAUAUUGCCAGCCGGAGCAAUCUAUCAGGUAAUGUAUUGCAUGCAAAUCAGAUGUACUGAUACAUGUUCUUGAUUAAUCUGUUACACUUGAAGCUUUAUGUAACUGGUAAAAAAAAAAAAACCCUCCUAAUAUCACUGUAUAUAAUAUUUUAGGCUGACAACUUAUCAUAUUGACUUUUGUCUAAAUCGUAUUAAAGGAGUAUUCUAAUGUUUGAAAUAAAUAAAGUUACCACAUUUUUCCGGAGGGUACGCAUUCUUGCCGCAGCUCUUUCUUCUCAAACUGAGAUUAUCACAUCAAUCAUGUCUGGUCCAAUUCACUGCUUUCCAUAGGAAAGGAUUUAAGACUAAAAGCAAUUGCUUUUCUGAGAGAAUUGUGGCCUUCAGUUGUGAAUUGGCAUUAUAGCUUUUUAAGGUACCGGCUCCCCAACCCGAGCAGAUGAAAAGUGUGAGAUUCAUAGUUUUCCUGUGGGAAAGCAUUGGGAAACUAGUGUGCAUGCAUGCGCAGCAAAAUGCUCUACUGCUACAGUCAGAUGGUCUCUGCGACCAUCUGAUAGAUUUUUACUCUGCUGUUUGGACAGAAGCACCUCAAGAGACAUUUAAACCCUGCACUGUAAAUAUUACCGUUUCUGCAGAACGGCAGUGUUUGCAGCUGCAGGCUUAACACUACAGUGACAUGGCACCCAGACUUCUUCAUUGAGAUUCAGUGGGCUGGGUGCCUAUAGCAUCAUUAUAACACUUCAAGCACGCUGAUAUGCAUUAGAUAAGUGGAUUUUUUUUUUUUAUAUGGAUCUUAUAUAAAAAUGGCAGGUUUGUUUGUGAAAUAAUUACUAUGCAGCAUUCUAAUCGGGUUUUCACCUAUCUUCCCAACAGGUGCAAAAUUUUCACAGCUGUGUCCAAGUGACUCAAGACUUUGUGUCCCCAGAACAUCUUGUUCAGUCGUUUCAUUUAACACAAGAGCUGAGGCAUUCUAAAGAGGAAAUAAAUUAUGAUGAUAAAUUGCAGGUAAGGAAUGACCAAGACACAUUGUUCCUUAGACACAUUGGCCAUUUCCAAUAAUCAAUUACUUUGAGUGAUAAAGGAGACACUUUGCAAAGAGGAACACAUUGAAAUAUCCCUUCAGUGUUAUUCCCCAUUGGAACAAGAACUUUUUUUAAAAUUUAUGAUUGUUUUUACUUCUACAAAAAGAAAAAAAGCGUGUUUUUCCUCAACUGAGCCAUUAAAUAAAUUCCUCCCAUGUAAAAUUGCACAUCUGUAUGUAAUUCUUUUAGAUAUUUUGACCGUCAGCACAUGUAUCCUUCAUUCUCUGGUUUUUAGUAUCUCGAAAAAUAAAUUUCUUUAGUCUGCAUUGUGCCAAGACAGUGAAGAGUCCCAUGCACAAUCUGUUUAACCCUUUCUCAUCGUGUCACAUAGUCACUCCUUUGGUACAAUUUACGUUUAUGUAAAUUAGACUCAAUAUAUAAAAUGGUAUCAUUGUUCACUAUACUGGGUAUCCAACUAGGAGGAGGAGACAUGGGGACAAAUAGUCUUAUAAUCUCCUGCCGAGAUGAAACGUGCAUACCAGACUUCGAGCAUGGUAUAUUCUUUAUAAUAGAAUGUGAGUCCCCUCAUCUAAAGAACACUAACCGAUAAUCACUGUAUGAACUGUCCAAAAUUCAAAUUGAUACCAAGAUAGCAAAACAGGCAAAUAUAGCAGACUUUAAUAUAUUUUUAGUCUGUACUUGGAGUAACCCUUUAAGGCCAGAUUAACCAGGACCACUUCAGUUAUUUGAAGUGAUUUUGGUACCUGGAGUCUGUCGGCAUCUGCACGUGCCAAUAUAAACCCCUCUGAUCCUGGGUUGGCUAAUGACUUUGCCAGAAUUCUGAGCUGGCCAUUAUCAAUUCUGUGCAUAUUUCUAUGAGCAGCAGGAUUGGCUUCUGGCUUUUACGGAGACCAGGAGCCCUAAGUCACCCAGCUGAGAGGACAAACCUUUGCAAACUUGGCCAGGGCACUCCUCACAGUUUAAUUAUUCUCUGAAGGUUUGUAUAUUAUUACCUUAUAUUUGCGUGUUUAACAUUCCUAUCUGUAUUUAUUAAACCAUCAUAUCCACACCACCUUUCAAUUAUCACAAAAUAGCAUUGCUUUGAAAUAAUGGCUGGGCAUGACAUAAAUGAUGGAUUUCACAUCACCCUGUUCCUUACUUACUAUUAGCCUGCUUCCAAGUGGAGAGUAUAGGGGUAGUAUUGAUUAAAAACCAAAUUAUACCAGAUUGAGAACAGAAUUUUGUCUAAAAUAGCUAAAUUGUGACACUAAUGACGCUGGUGGAUUUUUCUAACUCUGUUAUGGCAUUUGAAUUAAUGUUAAUUAAUCUCGGAUCAUCUGGUCAGUGAUAGUGCCAAGUUUGCAAAAAAAAUAAAUAAAUAUGCAGGAUCUGCAGCCUAUGAUCACAAGGUCUCUGGGCCAUUGUAUACUUGGUGCAUUGGACCGCUGAGGGAGAUCUUUGAUCUACCUCAUCAACCAAUUAAGGUACUCUGCAUCUGUCAGCCACUUGUUUUACCUUAAGGUGGCGCUGGUCCCAUUGUCACCCAAAGCCGCCCACACACUCCCCAGUGACACCAGUGAUACAUUCAUAUUAAUAAAACCUAUAAAGAUGUAAGACUCCAUAUAACCUGUAUUUUCUCCCCUUUCAUUUUCUUGGUAUAGGUUAAAAACAUAUUGUACCAUUCAGUGAAAGAGAUGGUAAGAGCACUAAAAAUCCACGAAGAAGAGAUGGAAGACAUGGACGAAGCCUAAAUUUGCUGAACUGGGUUCAAAGUUCUCAUACAGGGGAAUACCAACACGCUAACUUAAACAAAGCAUUGCAAAACAUCAGUGCCAAGAAAAUCUACUGUACUAGUGUUUUACUUGUUAUUGACACCACAGCAGUAUAACAUUCGCUUUCACAGCUACUGUGAUCGACCCUAGCAGAGCUGGGUAGUCCGCCAGCUUUCUGCAGUGCGUUGCAGGUCCGGCCACCUCUGCAAUCGGUUAAACAUUUACCAUUUGAGUGACGGAGGUCCAAGCAUUAGCAGUGCUUGACAGCAUCCCGGCAUUCAAAAGGGGGGUUUACGCGUCAAGACGUGCUUACAAUUGUAAAAUAGUGUACAUUGAAAAGUUUGUGAAAAAAAAAUGUCAAAAGAUUUAAAUGUAUUUAUUUUUUUGAAAAAAAUAACAAAAAUUUGAAAAGUUCUACGCUAUAUUGUUGAUCAAAUGUAAAUGUGACUUGUAUAGUUUGCUAAAAUAAUUUGGAUAUUUUUCACUACAUUGAGACAGUAACUGUGAGGGUAAAACAAAUCACCAGCUAUUGCCUGCAUUCGGGAGCAUUCAUGACAUAAUCUUAAAGAUUACUGCCAAAUAACUGUAAACGUUGUAUAUUCUAAAAUAGAACACGGUAUUAAAGGACAGACACUUCAAUGCUUUGUUGAAGCUUACUCAAUGUAUAAUUAGACAUUUACAAAAAAGAUGUAAUUUAUUUGAAACAAGUUGUCUCAUUUUGGUAAAAUUUAUGUGAAACUUUUGAAGCUAAAUAUUAAACUUAAUAUGCUAUGUAAAUAU